AUGGCCUCAAAAUGAUAACCGUGGCUGGCUGUGUUUAGCAAUCUUCAUUCAGUCAACGCUCGAUGGUAUCCGGUUUAACGCAAAUGGCCGCACUUACUGGACUCUGCGUAUUAUUAUUCCUCCGUACAUGUAGUCUCUAUGCCGAAUAAGUGGAAUGUUGUAUCGUAAUCAUCCGUAGUUAUUCGUAACUUGUACGAUAUAUGUAUAUUGCAUGACAGUAUGCAUAACGUUGACAUUGUGUUGUACUAGGGGGUAGCCGCAACGAAGUAAGCAACAUUGUAUCAGUUCGUGGUAUACUCACAAAUUAGGAAUCGCUGAAGGAUUAAAAAUAUUUAUUUGAAAUAAUGAAAUCCUAAAAGUUGAAUCAUUGAGAAUGCGAUCAUAUUGUUCAAAGAGUUAUUAAUGUUACAAGAUUAAUGUGUGCGUCGAACCGUGGUGUUCAACUGGAAAAUCUUGCGGUUUUUCGGAGUUGUGCUCCGCAAAAUAUGGAUUAUCGCCAGAAGAUGAUUCUUGCCUCAAAUAAAACACAUUCCAACGACAAGGGUGAAAACGAUGAUGACGAUGAAGACUUAGAAGCACUGCGGAUGGCUGCUCUUCAGUCGUUACGUACAAAGAAUAAUCUCAAACCAAGCCUGCAACUUCGGUCACGCACUAAAAUAAAUACUCAACAAAUUGCACAACCUUGUACAUUUUAUAAAGGGCAACGACCAAAUAGACUGACCUACUGCCAACCUCAAUUAGCAAGACAGAAUGGGAGUCUAUACUUCCAAAAGCACCGAAACCCAAACCUUAUAGCCAUAGUACCGGUCGAAGAAGACAUUUUGUUGUCAACAGAGCCUUUUAGAAAGCCACAGGAUAUAGGGUCAACUGUGCAAAAUCAGACAUCCGAUGAAUCAAAGUUCUGUAGAUAUAAGGAUAAUGCCAGUUGUUCAGACGAGGACGAUGACGCAGAUCGCACAGGCAGUACCUCGGUCAAACUCAUAGUAGAUCCAAGGAAGGAUAGAGGGGUCGUUAAAGAUUGCAAUGAGCUCGGUGAUGCAGACAAUUUAAGCACACACAGUGAAAGUCCACAACAAAGUGAGACUGAUGAAAAAGAGGAAGAUGACGAUGACGUGCUUCUGAUGGCGGAUCUGGAAGAAGAAGAUAGCUUAGAACGUCUGAUGGAUGAAAUGGAAAAAGAAAUGAGUAUAGACAAGGCUGAUAUGAUAGAGAAAAUGCAUCCAAAAAUAGAGAGCAGGAGUGCAAGAAACGAGGAGGUGAGUAAAAAGCAACAGGCUAAAUCGAAAUUAGAACUAAGGAGGACAAACAGGAGUAGUAGUCCGUUGGUACACUCUUCAAUUUCCAGUGUACUAAAAAACGAACCAAGACCUAUGUCUCCUUACAUUGCGAGCUGGCCUACGCACAAGCGUGGAUCGUUGUCCCCAAAACCACGGUCUAGGAAAAAAUCACCUAGACGUUCACCGAGGAGAUCUCCGUCCAGACUAACGAAAAAACUCCAGAGUGAUGGCGGAAGAGAUUUGCGAUUCAGAUCUCCCAGGAAAUCUCCAUCCCGUUUCUCGCCAAGACCUAGAUUGUCACCUAGACUCUCACCCAGAAGAUCGCCCAGAAGGUCACCUCUGAGAAGAACACCGCCGAGAUCAUCACCCAGGUUGUCUCCACACCCUAAGUCACCGAAGACGCCUCCACGUUGCCGAUCACGAUCACCUGGACUAUCGCUGCGUCUGCCACGUUCUAGAUCCCCCAGGUCAUCUCCGCGAAGAUCACCUUUGAGUGGAUUGUCGCCUCGGAAGUUCUCACCAAGACCAAGGUCUCCAAAACUCUCCCCUCGGCUCAGAUCGCCACGGUUGUCACCUCGUCGCUUGUCACCACGACCUAGGUCACCUAAAAUGUCGCCACGGCGAAUGUCUCCGAGAUUGAAAACCCCUCGAACAUCGCCAAGACUUUCACCAAGACGAUUAUCGCCGAGAGUAAAAUCACCACGUUUUUCACCACAUCGAAGAAUGUCCCCUCCAUCCAAGUCACCUGGAGUAUCACCACGUAGGUCGCCAUGGUCCUCUCCUCGAAAUUCACCUCGGCUCUCCCCACGGAGAAGAAGGUCCCCCAAAGAACUGCCAAGGAAGAUAAAACCACGAUCUAUCACUCCGUGCAAUCGCCAGAGUCCGCUCUCAAAAAGAGGGCUAUCGCCAUCAUCCAGAGGUAAGGCCUCACCGGUCGAUCUCGUCAAAGGUAGGCCAAAACAAAAAGAUGAGUCUUAUGAAAAGGUUGCCCUUAUAGAUACAGGGAAGAGCACAGAUGGCAUUGUUAACGAUCCCGUACUGGAAGCUAGACGGAGAAAAUUUGAGUCAAUCAAACCAAUAGAUCCUAUCAACGAGAACAAAAAAAUUAAACUGAGUAGGAAAGAAUGUAGAAAGAAGAGAUCAGAUCUCCCGCCUGAGACCCAAAUCAGUACAACCAAUACACGUACUCCACACAAGUUGAGUGAUGGUGUCUGCGAAACAAUAGAGAAUGACCUGUACCUGGGUGUUGACUUUGAGAUUGAAGAUUUAGAAGAACCAGUUGAGGAUUCACCUGCAGCAAGUAUGGCCAGUACUGUAAACGUGUGUAGUGAAGUAGAGCCUGUAAAGUUGGAACGAGAUAAGCCUGUGAAAAAGAAAAAAAAGAAAGAUAAGGAACUGUAUCAGGUCCACAAAACAAAGGGUGAGUUGCCACUCUCCGAGCGUAUUGGAAAGGAAAAAAAGUGUAAGAAACGUAAGGAAGUCACCAAUGAUGUUCCUGCUGAAAAUUCAGAGACAGUUUUUGAAGACCUUAUCGUUGAGGAAGAAGAGGGAGAUUUGCGAACCGAGCUAAGCAGGAGACGAGCAGAAAGAUUGAAUAGAACUGGACCGCUCCAUCAGCAAUCAGUUCGACUUGUUCAAUCUGCAUUCAAGGGCGUGGUUCGUGAAGUUGUGAAGAGUAACGCCAAGAGUAUUCGAAAACAACUAGUCAAAGGUGAUGAUAAACCAAAUCAAAACGAAGUGAGGCGAGUAACUGUGCUUCACAGACCAGCAACAGAGUUUCGUGAGACCGAAGAUGAGUCAACUGUUGAUUCAAAGGUUCCCAUCCGCUUCAGAUUAGGUCUGAACAAAUUGGGGCAGGAUACUAGAGAAUCCAAGAUAUCACGCAAGAAUUCUAAGAGACAAAGUCGCAAGGAAUAAUCUUAACGAACGAUCGCCCAAUCGUAUUUUUAUACGAAGAAAGAGUAGCUGUUCACCUUACCUCAUUAUGUUAUCAGCCUUAGAGGAAUAAGUUCAGCAAAUAUUGCAUUAUGUAACCAGUUGAAACUGUAAAUUUAACAUCCAGUUACUGGAGUGUGCGGAAAGAAAAAUUAAUGACAAUAGCAGAGUUUUAGUGACUUACAUCUGUUGUAUUUAGUUAUUUAUUCUUACUCUGUAUUGCUUAUACUGAUGAUCAAGUACAGCUAUUUGCUGUCGCAAGAGAUGUAUAAAUAAUUCACAUCACUCGACCAUUAAAUAAAUAAUGAUGUAAUGAUAUUCAAAAUGAAGUUUGUGAACCUGAACGAAUCUGACUAAAUUAAGGACGUUGUAAAAAUCAAGUGAAUGUUUCAAUUAGAAUUGAAAUUUAGAAAAAAUUUGUUUACAUUGAUUAACCCUGUAGAUAAUUACAUUAAUAAAAUAUUUAUUGCAAGAAUUCAAGAAUUUAUGCAAACAAGCCAUUCUUUAUAGUCGAUAAUGAUCAAACCUGUGAGAUAUACGAUUACAAACCCUAUUUGGUUGAGUUUGUUUGAUAUCAGUUCCCUUGCGAGUGUGGACAACAAAAAUAUUUUUAAGAGAAAAAUUUUGUACUCGAUCUCAUAAUAAGAUAAGUUUACUCUGAUUGGUUAUUUUUUUAAAUGCGCCUAGUUUAUGCAAAACGAGGUAAGAAAGUAAGCCUGUCUCGAACACGCUAAGUUUUUGCUUAAUGGGAUUUAUUACUGUAUAUUCUAUAGAAUGAUAUCUGUGUUAGUAACACUAGAGAUUUAUUGUAUCGUAGUAGCAGUUACACAUAGGGAAAACCAUCUUCACAGCGAUGUUUCCAAAUGUUCCGAACCAAGUUUAGUACAGCUUUUGAAGGUUGUCAAAAAAAAAAAGAAGUUUUCUACAUGCCAUUUCAACAUUUCCAUCAAAUCAUCAAUUGUAUAUAGCACUUGCACUUCAUUACGAUACAUAUUGUCUCAUGCGCGUUGAUUAUAAUAAAUUAGCCAACAACUCUGUUUUA